AAUUUCCUUUCAAUUGCAUUUAAAUUCGAAACAAGUCGCUGGAGUCAACCAAAUAUUAUUCGAGAGCUGAAAUGGACGCCGAAACAAUAAUAAAUGCUGAUAUUGGAGAUAUUUCGCCAGUUCCAGCCCACGAUCCUACUCUUCUUCGUCAUUAUAGUCUCUCUCUGGGGGCAGGGCCUCUGUGGUGCUCCUGAUGUACCCCAUGCCACCAACGUCUGUCUCCUUAUCACAGAGGGCAGUGGUGUGGGGAAAAAGAAAGUGCCCCCUGUUGUUCACAAGGUACCAUUUAAUAAAGAAGAAAUAAUCACACAAUCUAAUCAGGAUGCAGUUUUGCUAACAUUUCAGUUCCACUUAUCUGAACAUACCGUUGUAAAAUGGGAUACCAUAUUAUGGCAAAACAAACUUUACAUUCAAUUGCCUAAUGGAUUCAUGCCAGAAGGAUCCAAGGAGGCAUUUGUGACUCUGCUGGAAUUUUCAGAAGAACAACUUCAGUGUAACCAUGUAAUUGUGUGUUUCAGCAAAAGUCGUACAGAUAGAGCUGUUCUCAUCAGAACUUUCAUGUUCUUUGGUUUUAUUUGUGUGGUGCCGGGUCAUGAAUUGAUUCCAAGUAAUGCUUCAGAAGAUACAUUAUACAUGGUUUAUACUAUUGAUUGAUCAGUGUAGUUAGAACUGGAUUGGAAAUUGGGCAUAUUCUUUUACCCCACAUUCUCUCCAAAGUAUGUCUGCUAUUUCAAACGGCAGAAUAAAUUAAUUGCAAAAUUUAUAUUUGCGUAAUAUUUAUCCCCGACCACUGCCACUUAAAACAAUUUAAGAAUUUUAACAAUGCUCAAUUCUUAUUAUUGGCAUGUUUUUAUUCAAAUGUUUAUAAUUUUAGGGACCAAACUGAACUAAUUUGUCUAAUAUUUAGAUGUUUUGAUUAGCAUUUGUUCUUUGGAGAAAAUUCUGCCUGGAAACAGUAUACUGAUUGUUUUAUAGAUGGUAUAUUCUUAUUAUUUGAAUAUUUAGUAUAGCUUGAGAAUGUAUUAAACUUAAUUUACUUGUAUGUUUGUCUUUAAUUAAAAGAUUUCAAACUUUUA